AUGGCUAUGCAAGUUCUAGGAGUGAGACAAGUUAGUGGCCUUGGGAAAUAUCUGGGGCUCCCGGAGCUGUUUGGCAGGAAGAAGCGCGAUAUGUUUAACACCAUAGUGGAUAAGAUAAAGCAACGUUCACGAAGCUGGUCUAAUAGGUCACUCUCCACUGCGGGGAAGACUACCAUGUUGAAAUAUGUUCUUGCUUCAAUGCCUACUUACGCUAUAUCCUGCUUUAAGUUACCAGGGUCCCUGUGUAAGCGUAUCCAAUCGGCCCUUACUCGGUUCUGGUGGGAUGAAUCUGAAGAGAAAAGGAAAAUGUGUUGGUUAGCCUGGUCAAAGAUGACAACUCAUAAGAAGAAUGGAGGGCUAGGAUUUCGAGAUAUAUCAGAUUUCAACGAUGCACUUCUAGCAAAGAAUGUGAAGUCCCUUCAUCAGCCUUCCAUGGCUAGAAAGGCAUCUGCAUUGGCAGAGACUUGA